AUGGAUGAUCGUUACGAAGGGUUUAACGAUUAUGAUCACGCAUAUGACGUUCAGAAUGUUCUUGGUGAUCAAGUUUUUCAAGAAGCUAUAGCUAAAUCAAGUUAUGGUAGACGACCGAAAAGUUCAAUGUCACGUCUAGGAAUCAUACCUGUUGCAACAUCUAGCAGUCGUAUUAAUAGCAUAAUAUCAAGUCAUAGAUCGGGUACGGGUGCCGAUACCAUGAAUGGCGUAAUGCUACGAUCUUCCAUUGGUUCACGUCGUGGAAUUGACGCAAGCGUGCCGAUGACCGCUGUACGAGGUGCUGGCUAUUCGUCAGCUGGUCGAGGGAUCUCUUUCAAUCCAUUAAAGAUGAAAAUGGCGGAAAAGUCACCUGAGAUGGGUCAUGAAGAGAAAUGUCGCCAAAUGGAACAAAAAGUAAAUGAACUUUUGAAAGAAAGUAUUUUUGCAUGGGAAAAAGGUGACAUGAAACAGGCACUUGAAAAGGCCAAAGAAGCGGGUCGACGUGAACGUACUAUUGUAAAGAUGCGUGAACAAUUAUCCAUUUUAGAACAGCUCAAUCUAGAUCUUACAUUUACAGUUUUAUUUAAUUUAGCUCAUCAGUAUAUGGCGAAUAAUUUAUUGACAGAAGCAUUGAAUACUUAUCAAAUGAUUGUGAAAAACAAAAUGUUUGUUAAUUCGGGUCGCUUAAAAGCAAACAUUGCUAAUAUUUACUUUAAACAAAAAGAAUAUAAAAAAGCUAUUAAACUUUAUCAAAUUGCUUUGGAUCAAGUACCAAAUUCACAGAAAAAUACCAGGAUUAAAAUAAUGAAUAAUAUUGGUGUAUCAUUUAUAAAAUGUGGUGAAUAUGAUGAAGCAGACAGUACAUUCGAGCAUUGUAUGAACGAAAAAGGAAAUUAUAAUACAGCGCUGAAUUUCAUUCUUACUGCAUACUGUUUAAAUGAUAUCGAUAAGAUGAAGGAUGGAUUUCAACGAUUAUUGGAUAUACCAAUUUUGAGUGAUGAAGAAGCGAAAUAUAUGGAUCAUCAAGAUUUCCUGAUUUCACAAAUGAUUAGCAACGAUUCGUUAAAGCAAUGGGAACGUCAACGACGAAAUAUUGCAGAAAAAACAAUUUUUAUUGCUACAAAAAUUCUUUCAUCAGUUAUUGCACCAACAGUAUCCGAUGGUUACAAAUGGUGUGUGGAAGCAAUUCGGCAAUCGGUUUAUGCACCAUUAGCAAUGGAAAUUGAAAUGAGUAAAGUGGUUGUAUUACUUAAACAAGGUGAUAUAAAAAAUGCAACAGAAGUCCUAAUGUCAUUCAACAAUAAAGUAGAUAAGGUAGCAGGAGCAGCAGCAAAUAAUCUUGCUGUAAUCAAUCUUUUACAAGGAACACCAAAAUUAGAAGAAGCAGUGCAAUACUCUGAACAAGCACUUUCCAUUGAUCGUUAUAAUGCUAAUGCAUUGGUAAAUCGCGGGAAUAUUUUCUUCAUUCUGGGAGAUCUAGAUAAAGCUGCACAGUACUAUAAAGAAGCAUUAAGUAAUGAAGCAUCGUGCUUGCAAGCACUUUAUAAUCUUGGCUAUGUUCAUCGUUUGCAAGGAAAUUUAGAAUUAGCAUUGGAAUGUUUUUACAAAUUGCAUAAUAUUUUAUUAAAUAAUGUUCAAGUGCUAUGUCAACUUGCUUCAAUAUAUGAAUUAUUAAAGAAUACAGCACAAGCAAUCGAAUUAUACAGUCAAGCAAAUAGCUUAGCUCCUACAGACCCAGCGAUAUUAUCAAAAUUGGCUAAUAUUUAUGAUGCCGAAGGUGAUAAAAGCCAAGCUUUUCAGUGUUAUUAUGAUAGUUAUCGAUAUUUUCCAUCUAAUAUUUCUACAAUUGAAUGGCUUGGAGCUUAUUAUAUCGAUGCACAAUAUCCGGAAAAAGCAGCAAUUUAUUUUGAAAAAGCAUCGAUUAUGGAGCCAAAUGAAAUUAAAUGGCAGUUGAUGAUGGCAUCAUGUUUACGACGUUCCGGAAAUUAUCAAAAAGCAUUUGAGCUUUAUCAACAAAUACACAAAAGAUUUCCGGAAAAUAUCGAAUGUUUAAAAUUUCUGGUAAGAAUAUGCACCGAUCUUGGAAUGCCUGAAACUAAGGAAUACAUGGAAAAGUUAACGAAGACAGAAAAAGUACGUCAAUUAAGAAUGCAACGUGAAGUAGAUUCUAGUCAAGGAAGGCAUCAUACACCUUUAAUUCAAUCAACAGAUAAUUUCACGCAAGGUGGACGACCUAAUUCACGCUCACAACUGAAAACAGCAAACAUUCGCCUAAUGUCUGAUGACGAUGAGCAAUAUCACAUGUCACGUCGAGAAAUGAGUCCAGCAGAUUAUGCUUACAAUGAUCCUCUUGGACCAGCACCACUUCGGCCACGAACAAGUAUACGACGUCCAGAAACCGGAAAUAUGGAAUCUUUUGACGAUGAACAGUUCGACGAAUCACUACUACCUGAGUAA